CACGUGUCUAUGGUACUGGCAGUAUGGCUGCUUCCUGAGAGCUGGAUAGGUGGCUGCAAGCCGGGAAGACACUGAACUGGAGAAGACUGUCAGUGAGAUGAUGACUGAGGGUAACAGCGCAGCGGAAGCUCACUUCCCCGACCCGUGUUCACACUUGGAAGGAACCCCCACCCACCACAACACGUGUCUAGUGCCGCUCUACACGCCGCAACACUUCAACCCCCCAUGCAUGCUGGCGCAGCUUUACUCCUCCUCCAGAAUAGUUCCAGCCAGCGGGGGUGUCCCUCUUUCAAAUUUUGAAAUAUUGGGAGGUAAAACAAAUUGCCCCUUUGUAAGGGGAAUAGUGUCUUGGUGUCUUCCACGAUAGUAUGGAAAAUGAAGACGACGAUCCAAUUAUACAGGAGCUUGAUGUGUUCCUGGCGAAAAGUCUCGCAGAGAAACUCUAUUUAUUCCAGUACCCGAUCCGUCCAUCCUUGAUGACUUAUGACAAUGUCGCACACUUAUCAGCAAGGAUUAAACCAAAGCUACAGAAGGUCGAAGUUGACAUGGCCGUUAAUACACUUAGCCCAAAUUACUCUCGAAGUAAAGGAGAGCAGAUUGCACUUAAUGUUGAUGGCACAAGUAAUGAUGAAACAAGCACCUACUCAACGAAAAUGAUGGACAAGCAAACAUUUUCUUCCAUACAAGCGGCAAGCAACACUUCCCGCUAUGCUGCUGCUGUCUAUAGAAAAGGCGAACUUCACCUUACGCCUCUGCAUGGAAUUUUACAAAUGCGUCCUAGUUUCACAUACCUGGAUAAGGCCGACACCAAGUAUCGGGAAAGAGAAGCUGCAAACGAAGCUGGUGAUUCCUCUCAGGAUGAGGGCGAGGAAGAUGUAAAGCAAGUUACAGUGCGCUUCUCCCGCCCAGAAUCGGAACAGGCAAGACAAAGGAGGGUUCAGUCCUAUGAAUUCUUGCAGAGGAAGCAGGCAGAGGAGUCCUGGGUUCAUCUUCACUAUUCUAGUGUUAAGGAUAGCCGGUCCGAGCAUGAGCGCCAGUAUUUGCUAUGCCAGAAUACUAGCAUGACGGAGAAUACAGAGCUGCUGAAAUCCCCCAGUGAAUAUCUGGAUAUGUUAAUGCCUCCAAAUAUCGAGGAAGAAACAGAGAAACCAGUUGCCCCCAGCAAUGUUCUGUCUAUGUCACAGUUGAGAACCCUGCCAUUAGCUGACCAGAUAAGGAUCCUUAUGAAAAAUGUGAAAGUUAUACCUUUUGCAAACCUCAUGGGUUUAAUGGCAGCCGGCACAGAGCAAAUCAAUGUUCUGCGGUGUAUCCAGCAGGUGGCAAUGCUGGUCCAAGGAAACUGGGUGGUAAAAAGUGACAUCAUUUAUCCUAAAGACUCCUCCAGUCCGCAUAGCGGAGUGUCUGCUGAGGUGCUUUGUCGUGGUAGAGACUUUGUUAUGUGGAAAUUUACACAGGAUCGCUGGGUGGUGCGUAAAGACGUAGCUGCUGUGACAAAACUUUGUCAGGAAGAUGUGAAGGAUUUCCUCGAGCAGAUGGCGAUUGCAAGGAUUAACAAAGGUUGGGAGUUCAUGUUGUCUUACGAUGAAGAAUUUGUGAAGAAGCAUCCUGAUGUGAUCCAAAGACAGAACAUGUUAUGGAAAGGAAUGCAGUCCAAAUUAGAGAAAGUGUUUAAUUUACCAAAAGAAGAUCUGAAUCAUAGGAAGCAAGAAUUGUCAUCAGCUCAUCAAGUGGUGAUUCCUGGAGACCAGGUGCUGAAUAUUGCCCGGGCGAAGGCCAAAGAGAACCAAGCGCGGCUGGAAAAAGACCUGCAGAGGAAGAAAGACCAGAGCCGGCACAGUGCUGCUUCAAAUGCUUUGGUUCCAGGUAUCCAGAUCAAAGAGGAACCUACUAGUGAUGAGGAACCGAUGGACACCUCUAGUGUUGACAGACUGAACAAUGGGAUUGUUAAUGGCAUUCACAUGGAUGAAAGCUCACGGGAAUCUGUGAACGGUCACAAUGCAAAGGGAGAUGGUGAAUUAGUAGUGCAGGAACUGGAAGCAUUUGUUUCAGCAACGUUGAACAGACUGUAUGUGAUCACACUGAGUGAACUGAAACGUUUAUUUAACCUGCAUCUAGCCAGCCUACCCCCUGGACACAUUUUAUUUAGUGGCAUCUCGGACAAAAUGCUGCAAGAAACGGUUCUAGGUUCUGGCUGUAAACAGAUUCCUGUGCCUUUCCCUCCGCAGAGUUCUGCUACACUUGAGGAACGGAAAGUCUUUGCACUCUGGACAAGUGGAGACACCAACGACAAGUACCGUCAGACACUGGUUCAGAUGUUCUCUAAAGGCCACCGAUUGCGCAGAAACAUUAUCCAGGCACGGAUGAAUCAGGAGCUUGGAGAGAAUAUUAGUAAACAGCAGCUGGACAAGGUGUUAAAGGACUGUUGUGUGUGUUACGGUGGAAUGUGGUAUCUUAAAGGAACAGUACAGUCUUGAUAAUACAGGAAAACUAGCAGAAUGUCAAGAACACAGUGGUCUGUGUAUGGACUGGCCAAUGCCCGCGCAGGAUUGUGAAGUACCAGCCCCGAGCACGAUCACUUAACUCUAUCAAGGUCACGGAACACGCGCACGUCUGCAUGUGACGUUCCACUGCUCAGAGUUGCUCUAUCAAGAAGAUAAUGUAUUUUUGUUUUUAAAUACUAUAUAUUUUCUGUAGCCCUAAUAAUAAUAAAAAAAAUCUGUACACCCAGCAAGAGACAAGGGGGUGACAAUUGUGCCAACAAGUCAGCAACACUAUCACUUGUCCUUACUAGGUUUGGGGGGGAAGGGGGGUGGUGAGUUUAUAGGAUUCUAUUAAAAAAAAUAUAAUUUUACCAAGAAUGCCCCAUUUAUCUACAUCAAAUAUGAUUUUCUAAAGCAUAUGAGGUAAAUCCAUAUAAUGGUCUAUGUAGUGAACGAAUUGUUUGAAAAGUAUUUGUGUAGCGCAGUUUUAUUUGACAGUUUUGUUUGCAUUUAAAGGGACAGUCUACACCUUAGUCAUCUUUAAAGUCUUACUUUAGAGUAAGCUGCAAACAUCAUCAUACAGCCGUAACAGUAAAAACGUUGUUUUAAAAUAAUUGUUUCUGGCCACUUUAAAAUGUCUCCCAAGCUCCGCCCAUUGAUGACAUCAUGAUAUGGGUUGCAUCUAUGCACUCUGCUGAAUAGCAUUGCCAGUCUGUUGAGCCCAGUUAGUGAGUCUUUUGUAACUAGUGAAGCCUUUAAUGCAUCCCAGAUCGUGAUGUCAUCAGUAGGCGGAGCUUUGCAGCCAUUGGCCAGAAACAAUAGUCAUUUUAAAAUAACUUUUUUACUGUUCCUGCUGCAUGAUGUAGAGAGGGGUGCAAGAGGAUAUUUGCAGCUUAAUCUAAAGUAAGACUUUAAGAUGACUACGGUGUAGACUGUUCCUUUAACUCUGAGGGUGGGUAUAAAAAAGUCCUUUAACACCUUAUGUAUGGAUACUAUAUCAAAUUUGAGUUCUGCUUUAAAAUGCUCAGUAAUAACACGUUUUUCUGCAACAGCCACUUUCAAAAUGUGUUGUUUUUUUAUAUCCUUCUAGAGCGACUUUAACAUGUUUAACAUUUUGUUUAUGGUGAAAAAAAAAGAAAAACUUGUCCUGAUCAAUUCUCAGUCUCCUAUAUAAAACUAAAUGGCCUUUAGGAAUGUUCCAAUACGUAAUUGCUGUUGAUGGGCAAGUAUAGUUGUCUAAUUCAUUUUGCAUAAAGAUGUACGUUACCAAUACAUACCAACAUAAAGUCUAAUCACAAUAUAUAUUUUAAUUAAAUGUGUAAAAUAUUACUGUUCUAUUAUGAAUAACAAUUCAGAAUUCAUUUUAUAUUAUAAAGGAUUGUUCAUCUACCAUGGAUGAAUUUUGUGGGUACCUAAUAUAAAGAGUUCAUUUUAUAGGUCUUCCACAGCUUUUUCCAUUCAUGUGUCUCUUUAAAAGAAUUAUACCAGAGAAUACAGGACUGUUUUCAGCAUCAUGGGAUAUAAAAUAACAAAAUUCAGCAUACAUUAAAUCUGAUCCUAUAUAAUUCUAUAGCUGCUCUCGUAUAGGAGAGGAAUGUAAAAUGUAUAGAGUAGGAGCAUCGUCUUCCGCGUGUUGUGACAGUCUGUUUUGAGGACCAAUGCUUAAGAGAAUUAUCGCACAAAGGGGCUGUGUUUGGUUCACAAGACCUGCGCAAGACCAGGGUUGUACCACAAAAAGGUUUACAAAAGUAUCAUGGCUAUAAAACUGCUUAUUUUCCACCUUUUGGGUUUUGAUAUAUUUUUGUGUUUUUUGCUUUGUUUUUUAGCCUUGAAAUAUAAGUGUUAGGGACUGGUGAGAUUAUACUUACUUGAAUAAAUAAAUGUCACAGUAAAUGGAAAUUUGAUAGAAAUUUUAUAGGACUGAUAUUAUCCCCUCCCAUUUAACCCUUUGUGUGCCAUAAAUAAAUGAAAGGCAGGUGUUCAGCCUAUUCAGAACAUCGUCGUAAUUUCCACCUAACCCAAACUAGGCACGUUAUUUAUUACCGGUUGAGGCCUUUACAGUAUUGGGUAUUGUCAUAAAGAACUUUUGCAAAAUAACGUUCCGCUCAUUUAUUUUCGCGUGUAAUUUUCAAACUUUGUAAACUUUUUUUUUUUAAUACCAGAAAUAAACCGUUUCAAUUAAUAUUUUGUUCUAUACGUUUAAACCAUCUUUAACAUAAUUUAUAAACUGGAGAAACCUAAUUUAUGAUAAUGUAUAUACAAUAAAUAAAUUUCUCUGAAUUCUGAUUGACCAAACUUGUUUUACUGUGAACUCUUUCUCAACAGACUUAUUACAAAUCUACAAGCUUAAAUAAUAAAAUGUAGUGUAUCUUGUCUUUACAGGGUCUAAGGAUUCCUGCAGUGUGAAAACUGUAACAAUAUAUUAUAUUGGUAACCUUUUUUUUAUAUAAAAAAAAUUAAUUAUAUUUUUAAACAAUAUUUAUUGUCAUCUUAGUAUUUUUUUCUCUCUGAAUAAUAAAGGGAUGGAAAGGUAAACACUGAAAUGUGCAUGAAUGCAUUUCAUAUUUAAAUAGAAGCAGUUUUGCAAUAUACUUUCUUUCAUAAAGGUGGAGAGAGUCCACAAUCCAUUACUCCUGGGAAUAUACUCUCCCACCACUAGGAGGAGGCAAAGAUUCCCAAACCAAGAGCUCUAAAUAACUCCUCCCACCUCUGGUAGUUAGUCUUAUCUUUGCCUAAGCUGUAGGAAGGUGAAGAUGUUCAGAUUUAAUUAUUCAUUGACAGCGGUUCUCAGAUUGAAACAAGACCUCUUCCCCCUUACAGUACAGUAAUUGUCAGAGGGAAGUUAAGGCGUACAGGUUGUGGCUCAUUUUUUCUUUCCCAUAAGAUAAUUUCUCUUUUCUUUUUAAUGACACGAUGAGUCUUAAUUACUAUUGGGAAUACCACUCCUGCCCUGCAGGAGGCGGCAAAGAGCACCACAGCAAAGCUGUUAAAUAUUACUUCCCAACCCAGUCAUUCUCUUUGCCUACGUUAGUGCUAGGUAGUGGUAAAGUUAGGUGUUGUGAUUCUUCAAUAAAGAGUUGAUUAUUUUUAAAGUGGUGCAAGAUUGUGCUGCUUUGUCCUAGGGUGUAGCCGUAGUCCAUAUCAGUCUCUUCAGUAGAGCAGUGGUGGCUUUAGAGCAAUGGGAACUUGUGGGACAUAAUUCUUACUGCGCCUCCCAUGUUUUAUGCUGCCCUAACUCCUAAAGCCUGAGUGACAUUACUCAGUCUUUUAUUUCUCCACAGGUCGAUGUGAGGGAGAGGACCUCUCAUACCUGGUGAGCUGCCUUGCUGUCAGGCAGAAGUACGAGGUAAGUGCUACUUUAUUAUUUUUGGGGCUGCAGGACACUCAUAAACAAGUGAGCACGCUAUUACAAACCUAAUAGACAACAUUAAGAGCUCAGAACUACAAAGGGGCACUUUAUUGUUGGUGGGGCACUGUAAACUCUCCAAGACUGGAGAGGACUUUUGACAGCCUUAAAAUGCAGGCACUGGGGCUGGGAGAGAAGCUUUACAAAUGGCUCUGGUGGUUAAAAUCUCCCGGCGGGUUAACUUAAGCAAGAUGCCGACCGGGAGAUUGUUUCUUUAUGGUGACGCCCACAAUGGGCGGAUCAUAACUGAGUUACGUGCCACUUGCAUUGCGCCUCAGUGUGGGACACAUUUAUGAUGAGAGAUCAUCAAGGUCUACCUAGAAACGCAUGAUCCGUGUCAAGCAUGCAUUUCUAGGACCGGACAACGACUGAAUUCCUCUCCUGCUGAGUUCCGGAUUGUCUUCUGAAUUAAUAGUGGGAAGAUUAGCUCCAGUUUAGCGAGUCAGGUAGGCACCUCAUCAAAGUUUCUGAGGUGUAGAGGUACUAUAUUGCUUUCAACUUGUUGAUUUACUAAUUUGACAGUAACGUUUUUUCACUUAAAAUUUUUUCUUAUAAAUAUGAGGUUUUUAUUUGAUAAUUAAACCAUUGUGAACCAGUAUGGACCAAGGGGCCUUACAAAAUGUAACUUGCUUCUUGUGUUUUGAUGCCCAUGUGGAACCACCAAUCCCUUUCUGUUCCUCAUGUAUUGAGAGGACGUUAAGUUAUAGGGAUAAAAUCUUUUCUGAGCCAACUUUUUCUAAAUCGGAUGUUGUCUAGGAGUCUGACGAGAUUCAAUAUAUGCCGCAGCUUUCUCCUCAAGCGUCCCAAAUUUUACCGCCCUCACGUGCAGUGCCCUGCGCUUCCUCUCUAACUCCCGCUAGAGUUACUUUAAGGGACAUCGCUUCUCUCAUGUCUUCUACAAUUUCAGAUGCGUUGUUUGCUUUUCCAAUGUUGCAGGGAAAGCGUAAGAGAAAAAUCAGACAUUUAGUAAGCGAGGUUUCUGACGCAGUUGUUGCUAUUUCAGCUAAACCUUUGUGGAGACCCAAUCAGUCUUGGAAUAAAGGAAAACAAUCCAAGAAGCCUGCUAUUGAGUCGAAGACUGCAUGAAGGGUCUGUCCCCGAUCCGGGACCGGAUCUUGUGGGGGGCAGACUUUCCUUUUUCGCUCAGGCUUUGGUUUGAGAUGUCCAGGAUCCCUGGGCAGUAAACAUAGUGUCCCAGGGAUACAAACUAGAGUUCAAAGGUUUUCCUCCCAGAGGCAGGUUUCUGCUUUCAAGAUUAUCUGUAGACCAGACAAAAAGAGAGGCAUUCUUACAUUGUGUAAGAGACCUCUCCGACCUGGGAGUGAUAGUUCCUGUUCCGAUACAGGAAUAGGGUCAGGGUUUUUAUUCCAAUCUGUGGUUCCCAAAAAAGAAGGGAACCUUCAGGCAAAUUUUAGAUCUCAAGAGUCUAAACAAAUUUCUCAGAGUACCGUCCUUCAAGAUGGAAACUAUUCGUUCCAUUCUCCUAUUGAUCCAAGAGGGUCAAUUUAUGACAACAGUGGAUUUAAAGGAUGCGUACCUGCAUGUUCCCAUUCACAGGGAUCAUCACAAGUUCCUAAGGUUUGCUUUUCUAGACAAACACUUUCAAUUUGUGGCUCUUCCCUUCGGUCUUGCCACAGCUCCCAGAAUUGUCUUAAAGGUUCUGGGAUCUCUGUUGGCGGUGCUUCGGUUAUGGGGCAUUGCAGUGGCGCCCUAUCUUGACGAUAUCCUGGUCCAGGCACCAUCCUUACAACAAGCAAGAUCCCACACGGAAAUGUUGUUAUCCUUCCUGCGAUCUCACGCAAGGCCGCAACUAGAAAUUAUGGGGCCCCUGACUUAACCAUUGAUUAGCCCCAACCCCCCCCCCCCCCCCUUUGACAUGUGCAAUUUUUGACCAAGUGACUAAAACGUAUAUGCACUUUAUUCUUAAGUGUCUAUUUAAACUUGGAAAUGUUGUAAAGGUAGUAACAUACAAACACACAGACACACUCAUACACUGAAACACUCACACAUAAGGAAUCACAUAUAGACACUCUAGCAGACAUGCAAAGAAACACACUCAGACAAAAACAGACACUCAGCACUUGUUUACAUUGACCUGACAAGUAAUGAGGUAAACUACAGUUUUGUAAAAAAAAAAAGAGAUUUAGAAAACAAAAUAUGGGGUUCUGAUGAUCUUUUUGUAAAGGAAGAUGCCAACUAAAUGAUGACAACAGCAUCCAGUGGCUGAAAGGAAGGGCCCUGAACUGCCUAAACAAUAAUUUAAAGGUUAAAUGGUGGAUUGGUGACUUCCGGAAAGGUCUCAGUCUCAAAGUCUGUAAAAAGAUGUGAAUAAUCAGUAGUAAGGUCAAAAUGUCCUAAAAAGGAACAGACAAUGGACACACACACACACACACACACACACACAAACUCAAACUUGCACAUACACCCAAGGAAGCACUGACAGAGACAGCCUCAGAAAACACACAGAGACAUCCAUAGAAAACACACAAAGACAUACACACACAGAGAGACAAACACAUAAAACACACAAAGACAUACAUACACACACCCUCACUGAAACAUCCACAGAAAACACACACCCUCACAAAGACAUCCACAGAAAACACACACCCUCACAAAGACAUCCACAGAAAACACAUACAUAUACACACACACACACCCUCACAGAUACAUCCACAGAAACAGACAUACACACCUACCCUCACAGAGGCAUCCAGAGAAAAUACACAAAUACAAACAUACACGCACCCUCACAGAGACACCCAUAGAAAAAGCUCAGACAUAGGCACACACCCUCACAGACAUCCACAGAAAAUGCACAAAGACAUACACACCCACCCUCACAGAGAGACCCACAGGAAAAAAAAAUACAUACACACUCAUAGAGACACAAACCAAAGCACAAAGACCAAACGCAGGCACCCACAAAAACACUCACAGGAGGAAACAUUUAUGCACCUUGCAUCCCCUAAAUCAACAGUGUGUGUGUGACAUGCAUGAUAAAAAAAAAUUGCAGAAAUUAAGAGAUCACUUUUUAAAUAAUCAUAUUUGUAAAUGUGCAAACAAAAAUAAUUCUGUAAAUUCAAAAUUGUACAUUAAUGAUCUGGGUAGAUGGCUAGAUGAAUAAAAGUACUUUUAAAAGGUUGACAUAUGUUUGUUUGAUUUUUCCGCAACCAAGAGCACCACUUCAAAUAUAGUGUACAAAUGUUCCCAUCUGUCAGCUGUACUUAUGGAUUUUGAAAAUGCUGUACUCUAUAUGGUCUUGGUGGAACCAUAAGCUGUGGUACUCAUACCAUUAGAUCUGGUUAAAUGCAGGAUUUAGGUUUGUUGGUAUGUAUUUCAAAAUUAAGUCAGCUGUAGUGUAAACUGAACAGUUUUAAGUUAAACUGUCUCAUUUCAAACACUGAGCAAUCUUAGUCUGAGAGUAUAACAUGUUAUGCAGAUGUAAAAAUCUUAGAUAAAAUGCUUCCUUGCAUCUGGAAAAUCCUUGCAUAAAGGGGCAGUAAACUGGAAUGUGAGAUUAUAUAUAUAUAUAUGAUUAUAUAUAUAUAUAUAUAUAUAUAUAUAUAUAUAUAUAUAUAUAUACAUACAUAUCUGCCAAAAGAGCACCUACCAUUUGUGUAUUGAGGAGGAAACAUUUCUGCAUGGUUUUAAAUAUAGAAUUUCUAUAGCAUUGUCAAAUAAUCAUAAAUACACUGCUGCAAAAAAGUGUUUUUAUGGACCCCUGGCCCCACCAUACAACUACUACCACACUGAAGUUACAAUCCAAAAUUGCACAAAGAAAUAAAAAACAUUUGCUAAGUAAGUCCUACCUCCUCUGCAAAUUAAAGUGAUCUGCCGUCUGACUCAGGCACACACUGCACAAACAAAGUGCCAAGUCUGUCUCUUACUGUGCAUAGUGGUUUAGUGCACACUCAGAAAUCCUCUCAAAUGCUAAUACUUUAGUCCUUGUAAUAACAUUUCCCAUUAUCAAUUAGCACUCUGUUGUAGUACCCACUGGUGGCUGCCAAAAUUUAAAAAAAAAUAAAAAAUUUUUUGUUGUUGUUCUUGCCUAAUGGGGCCCCCUGGCAAGAGUCACCCCUGUCACCCCCUGAUGACGGCCCUGAGAUUCUCACGGGUGGAAGGUAAAUUUGGAAAAGAGUUCCUUUGUCCCAAAUACAAGGGUAACCUUCUUUGGAACAAUAAUAGAUUCCCUAUCAAUGAAGAUUUUUCUGACAGAAGUCAGGAAAUCAAAGAUUUUCGAUACUUGUCUAGCCCUUCAGUGCACUCCUCGGCCAUCAGUGGCUCAGUGCAUGGAGGUAAUCGGGCUGAUGGUAGCGGCAAUGGACAUCAUCCCUUUUGCUCGGUUCCAUCUCAGACCUCUGCAGUUAUCCAUGCUCAGGCAAUGGAACGGAGAUUAUGCCGAUUUGUCUCAAAUACUUCUGGAGCAGGAGACAAGGGAUUCUCUUCCAUGGUGGUUGUCUCGGGAUCAUCUCUCUCAGGGGACCUGCUUUCGCAGACCAUCUUGGGUGAUUGUGACAACAGACGCCAACCUUCUAGGUUGGGGAGCAGUCUGGGGCUCGCUCAGGGAGUUUGGACUCAGUCAGAGUCAGCUCUUCCUAUAAACAUUCUGGAACUGAGAGCGAUCGUCAAUGCUCUUCUGGCCUGGCCCCAGUUAGCCUCGGUCCAGUUUAUCAGGUUCCAGUCGGACAACAUAACUUCAGUGGCUUUCAUCAAUCAGGGAGGAACGAGGAGUUCCUUAGCGAUGACACAGGUAACGAAGAUAAUCCAGUGGGCGGAAACCCACUCUUGCUUUCUGUUGGCGAUCCACAUCCCAGGGAUGGACAACUUGGAGGCGGACUUCCUGAGCAGGCGCACCUUUCAUCCAGGGGGGGUGGGCACUCCAUCCGGAAGUGUUUUCCAGCCUGAUUCUCAAAUGGGGUCAGCCGGAAUUGGAUCUCAUGGUAUCUCGACAGAAUGCCAAGCUUCUGAGGUACGGGUUGAGGUCCAGGGACCCUCAGGCGGUACUAAUAGACACCCUAGUGGUACCUUGGAACUUCAGUCUAGCAUACCCAUUUCCUCUGUUUGCUCUUCUUCCUCGGGUUAUUGCUUGAAUCAAGCAGGAGAGGGCCUCGGUGAUCCUCAUUGCACCGGCCUGGCCUCGCAGAAUUUGGUAUGCAGAUCUGGUGGACAUGUCAUCUCUGCCACCUUGGAGGCUUCCGUUAAGGAAGGAGCUUCUAAUUCAAGGGCCCUUCCUCCACCCAAAUCUAGUUUCUCUGAAGCUGACUGCUUGGAGAUUGAACGCUUAAUCUUAUCCAAGUGGGGGUUUUCUGAUUCGGUCAUAGAGACCAUGAUUCAGGCUCGUAAGCCUGUAACUAGAAAGAUUUACCAUAUGAUAUGGUGUAAAUAUCUCUAUUGGUGUGAAUCCAAGGGCUACUCAUGGAGUAGAGUUAGGAUUCCCAGAAUUUUAUCUUUUCUUUAAGGUUUGGAGAAGUGUUUAUCGACAAGUUCCCUAAAGGGUCAAAUUUCUGCCUUAUCUAUUUUGUUACAUAAACGUCUGGCAGAUAUUCCAGAUGUGCAAUCUUUUUGUCAGGCAUUGGUCCGGAUCAGGCCUGUGUUCAAGCUAGUUACUUCUCCAUGGAGUCUUAAUUUGGUUCUCAAGGGGCUGUUUCAGCCUAUGCAUUCCUUAGAUAUUAAGUUGUUAUCUUGGAAAGUUUUAUUUCUUGUUGCUAUUUCUUCUGCUCGUAGAGUGUCGGAGCUCUCGGCGUUGCAGUAUGAGUCCCCUUACCUUAUUUUUCAUUCUGAUUAGGAAGAAAACCUAAUUUAGUACGUAAAACUACCUUAAGUUGUUUCUGAUCGGAACAUUAAUUAGGAGAUUGUUGUUCCUUCCUUUUGCCCUAAUCCUACUUCUCAGAAGGAACGGCUUCUGCACAAUUUGGACGUGGUUCGUGCUUUAAAGUUUUACCUGCAGGCGAUUAAAGGGACAGUCAAGUAAAAAAAAAAACUUUCAUUUUUCAAAUAGGGCAUGCAAUUUUAAACAACUUUCCAAUUUACUUUUAUCAACUAUUUUGCUUUGUUCUCUUGGUAUUCUAGUUGAAAGCAAACCUAGGAAGGCACAUAUGAUAAUUUAUAAACCCUUGAAGGCAGCCUCUAUUUUAUUUACUUUUCACAACAGGGGAGAGCAAGCUCAUGUAGGCCAUAUAGAUAGCAUUGUGAUCACGCCCGUGGCUAGUGGCAGACACUGCACUAAUUGGCUAAAAUACAAGUCAAUAGAUAAUAACUAAAAGUCAUGUGAUUAGGGGCGGUCAGAAGAUGCUUAGAUACAAGUUAGUCACAGAAGUAAAAAGUGUAUUAAUAUAACAGUGUUGGUUUUGCAAAACUGGGGAAUGGGUAAUAAAGGGAUUAUCUAUCUUUUAAAACAAUAACAAUUCUGGUGUUGACUGUCCCUUUAAGGAUUUUCGUCAGUCUUCUGCUUUGUUUGUGUUUUUCUCAGGAAAACGUAAGGGACAUAAAGCUAUGUCUGCUUCUCUUUCUUUUUGGUUGAAGAGUAUAAUAAGUUUUGCAUAUGAGACUGCUGGACAGCAGCCUCCAGAGAGGGUUACGGCUCAUUCCACGAGGGGAGUUGCUUCCUCAUGGGCAUUCAAAAAUGAAGCUUCUGUGAAACAGAUUUGCAAAGCUGCAACUUGGUCCUCUCUUCACACUUUUUCCAAAUUCGAUACUUUUGCCUUGGCUGAGGCCGCUUUUGGGAGAAAGGUUCUUCAAGCAGUGGUGCCUUCCGUUUAGGUUCCCUGUCUUGUCCCUCCCGUAUCAUCUGUGUACUCUAGUUUGGGUAUUGAUUCCCAAUAGUAAUUAAGAUGAUCUGUGGACUCACAGUGGCAUUAAAAAUAAAAUGUAUGCUUACCUGAUAAAUGUAUUUAUUUUUUGACACGAGUCCAUGGCUCGCCCUGUUUUUAAAAGACAGGUUAUUGGUUAUUAUAAACUUCAGACACCUCUGCACCUUGUUACUUCCUUUCUCUCCUUGACUUUGGUCGAAUGACUGAGUUGGGAGGGAAGGGAGGUGAUAUUUAACAGCGUUGCUGUGGUGCUCUUUGCCGCCUCCUGCAGGGCAGGAGAGGUAUUCCCAAUAGUAAUUAAAGGGCCACUGUAAGUAAAUAUUUUCUAUGCCUGUUACUAACUAACUACCCCAAAUACGCUUUUUAUCAAUAGCAUUUCAUUAACAUAUCUCUACCGUAUAUCAGAAAUCUUGUCUGCAAAUUUAAUUGUUUUCCAAACCCACUCCGUGGGUAUCCUUUGCUCUGUACCAAUCCGUUUACAAUACCUAGGUUUCAAAAUGGCGCUUUAAACACAAAGUUAUUGGUUUAAGUAUUUUGAACAUGCAGUGCUGAAAAUAGUGGGCAGGAUAACGUGACAUCAUCGGCGAAUAAAAGAUAUAACUUUUAGAACGUUAUGAAACUUCGUUUGGAGAAAAUAUAGGUCAGUAGGUUUUAAUUAAUGUUUAUUAACUUUAAUAUGUUAGUUGUUUAGCUUAAAAAUUAUAACAGAAAGUAAUCCUUUAAGAUGAUCCGUGGACUCAUUGUGUCAAAAAAGAAAUAAAUUUAUCAGGUAAGCAUACAUUUUCUUUUUCAGCAGCAUACACCCAUAUCCUGUUAGUGCCCCGUGCACCGGUAUUCAAACAUAUAACCUCAGAGAGUUAGCAUUGGCUUGUAUGACACAAAUUGAGUCUUCACACCACCACUAGUUUUCUGAUCUUAAACACUGGUGUACGGGCCGUCAUAGCAUAUCUGGGUAUGCCGCUGAAAAACAGGAAUGGCUGUUACUAGAAGCAUUUUUGCUGAUGGAAUUAUUGUAAUGCAUCAUGCACAUUUCAAUUUGAUCUUUCCUAUCCCUUUUUUUUUUUUUAAAAAGGCAAUAAAAUAAAGUGUAUAAUUAGACCUCAUUUGUACAGUUCACCUGAGUUGUUCAGUUAUAUAUUAUGUACUUAUAUUUCUUAAACCCCGGAGGGAAUCCCAUCUGGCUCUGUCACUUAGGAAGAUAUUUAUUUUGUCAUAUAAAUGUGUCAGUCUAUUUGCUGAUAGUGAUCACACUACCACAGUAAAUAAAUGUACUAAAUGUCUUCCUUCUGUGUCAAAUAAAAUAUUAAUUCUCUUUCUAUA